AUCUAAAUUAGUUCAUAGAUCCUACAAUUAAAAUGUCUUAGAAUGUAACAGAAAUUAAUGUAAAAUAAAAAGUACUCUAACAAUUAAAGAAAAAAUUGGUAAACAAUAAUGGUGAUUAAUACUGGGCUAAAAAUUACGGAAAUUAAUAUUGUCCUUAUGAGUAGUUAUGGUUACCUGUUCUUAAGAUGGGAUUAUAAUGAUGAUAAAAAAAAUUAUAAGUAACAUGUGUUGGUUGAUGUGUUUAGACCAUGGUGGUAAUCGAAGAAUUAUCUACUGCUAUUAAAUUAUCUAAUUAUCUAAUUAUCUAUGCUUCUUGUUAGAUGAUGACGCCGCAGCAGUUGGUACGGUGGAGGUGGGCCCCAGAACUGAGAUGCAGCCGGGUAGUAGUGGUGGAAGAGGGGCAACAGGCGGCAGGAAUCAUCAAGUCCAAUAUUCGGGGCCGGUGUCUUCGGAGGAGGAGAACGACUUGGAGGCGUUGUUUGUUAAGGUGAAACGUGUCCGGAAGGAGAAGAAGUCUUCCACUGGUGCAGGUGAGGAGACCGAGAGGAGCGCCAACCAGGCCGGUGGGAGCGGGAGGGUGAUGGCGGGAGGAAAAACGAGGAUAAAGGCCAGGUCGAAAAAUUGGUUUCGGAGGAGGUGUCCAUGUGGCCAUGUCUUCAUCGCGAGGGACCGAUGGAGGUAUCAUCUGAAGAACUGCAAUGGGGGUUCUUGCAAUAUAGGAAGAUGUCAUCUGAUAGGAUGCCAAGGAAAUCCUAAUCCAGAAGUAGAUUAUCGUCGUCGUAGAUAAGUUUUUGUUGUGUCCAAUAAUGUGCACUAUUUCCAAUAAUUUGUAACUGUGGUUAAUUGUUUGCUGUCUAAAUAAAUUUGACAAAAGUUCCAAUAUCUCCGAUAAUU